CUCUUAUAUCAUACACGCCAAAUCUCUAGCCCAUCAGAGCCGGCAAUUUUACCUAGAGCUUUCUUUUGCAAGAUAAAUGAUUCAGAAAUUGCCCUGGGUCCGCUGGCAGCUCUGUAAUUAACCAAUCACCGUGCCGUCCAACUGUUCAAAAUAAGCACCGGGAAUCUCUGGGCUUCUCUUGCAUCCCGAACCUAGCUACCUACCAUUCCUAGUUUCAGAAACUUCUUCCGUCGCAUCAAACUCCCACCACAAUGGCAACGUGAUACGGGAGCGAAAAUAGGGUUUGUCUCUAUGUGUUGCAUGAAUUCAUCAGUUUCUGAAAUUGGAAUCUUAUCCAUACGAAUAGCUUCGGAAUUGGGAUUCCGGCCCUUAUCUGCAAAAUCUCAAACCGACAGCCCGUCCCGUGAGCACCCAUAUUUGUGGUUUUGAUCAAUUGUGGAGGAAAGAAUGGGACUGUCAUCAGCUAGUACUGCUACCGAAGCCAUAAAACUUUGCAUAUUUGAUCUAAGGAGGGGACAACAAGAAGGGCAGGAGCUGGACAAGAUAUUAUUUUUCUUUCCUGCUGACUUGCCCUUUUCAACACAGCUUUCAGUAAUAGGGCUUAGUGAAGGGCUUAUCACGUUUACAAGAAUUUUCUCUCCAGAGGCUGCUUGCGAGCUCAUAGAAGCAGAGAGGCACUCUCAUGUGUUUUAUGAGGCAGAACCAGAUAUCUGGAUGGUUAUGAUUGUGGAGAAAAAUGAGUCAGAAGCUAUAUGGCGGAUUGCUGCAUUGCAAAAGGUUCUUAAGGAAGUUCAUUCCCUUUUCCUAAUGUUUCAUGGAUCCAUACGAGCAUUGCUUGAGAAAGAACCUGCUGGAGGAUUAAUUCGAGCUCAUCUGCACCCGUUCAUGAUGGAUUAUCUAAGAGUUACUAAAUUUUCAGCCUGUCAAAAAUGGUCUCCAUUGGAUAAUUGCUGCUGGGAUUUCCUUUUUGGCAAGAAACUCCUGUUACCAUCAUUCCGUGACUGUUUAAAGGAGUGUGGAACUGUGCAGAUGCUGAAUGUAAGUAGGGAGGCUGCAAUUGAAGUUCAGUCACUUGUCAGGCUGCUAGAAUCUUGUGCUGGAAGCUCACCAUGCUACUCGCUGAUUUUAUUUCAGGACCUGCUAGUGUCCACUACACUCUCUCCUGUUGACACCAUAAACUUGUUUACGUAUGCUGUUCUAAGGUUGACACCACGCACAAUUUCCUCUGGAGUAAGUUCUUGGUCCUAUUUACGCAAAGGAAGUACAGGAUCUUCUGUUACUGCUGGCUAUACAUUGGCCCACUCAGCUUCUGUUCCAGACCAAUAUUAUUGUUUACCGGAUACCUCCCCUAGUGGAGAUAACAACUAUCAUGUUGUGAGGCCCUUAAAGCGAGACAGGUGGUCCAAAGCCAAGGAUGGUUUUCUUGUCACUGAUAUAUGGAGUGCAGAGGCUGGUAGUUCAACUUCUGCCACCCCAACCAUUUGGCUCCAACAGACGGAGGAGAGAAUGUAUCUAUGUGCUUACCAGUUUAGGAGCCUUACCUUAAUCCUUGUCGUCCCUGUUGCCUCCAUUCUUAAUGGGGAGCAACUUGUUUCUUUGGUGAAGCAGCAAGUUCUUGAAAAUGCGUCACUGAAGAUGCUAAAAGUUGAAGAGAAACUUUCAAAGGGAUGGGGUGGUGAGAAUGCUUAUCAUGUUAGUGGGUAUCGAUAUUUACUCGUAGAUGUUGACAGAAAUGUAUCCAGAGCUUCUCCACCAGGAAAGGUUACAACCCUUACAAAGGAUCAGGUGUUGAGGACGGUGAUCGUGAAGGGGCCUAAAGAAUCUUUGCUUGCUUUAAGUAUGGUUAGAGAAGAGGUUGAUUUGGAAAAAGGUCAAAUGGCAUGGGAUAACGCAGGUCAGGAGAAAGAUUUAGAAUUAUGCAUUAGAGCCAAAAACAAUGCUUGGGUUAUUGCUCGGAUUACAAAAGGGAAGGAGCUUUAUAUGGUUCUAGAGAAAGGAAACGAAACAGUCCUUUAUGCCUCUGAUGCUGUUGAGAAGUUCAGCAACAGGUAUUGCAAUGGAGCGUUUUCUUUGGAUUAGUAAAAAUUCAUUGGUUUCUCAUACUGACCAUCAUACAAUAAAAACUUGCUCUGUAUGAAGGUGAUGGUUUUCUUAUUACAUUCCUCUUUCUUCCCACGCAGGAGCAUCCUUUUGCUGUAUAAUUUUGUGAGUUUUAAGAAGGGAAAGAAAAAUGAUCUGCUGCGUGUAUUUGUUCAUCAGUUUAUGGGGAAAUGUUUUAUUUAUUUGUA